AUGAGCAAAACCCCAGCAACUCCCUUGAAAUCACCCUUGAGGACACCGUACUCGGCCGGCAUGUCAAAACUUUCACAAAGCUCGGCAGCAUCAUCACCGUUCUUCUCAUCACCACCAGGAAGAGGAGGGUCCCCAAGCAAGUUGAGCGAUUUCGAGCUGAUUGGCAUUGAUGAUGAAGAGUUCGAUGAAAUUCCUACUGGAACUGGCGAUGGCAAUACCAACAAGGCCGAGGCCGGUGAUGUCCAACUGGGCACUGAUGUCGGUGAUGAUACAGUGUGUUCCAACUUCUCCGACGUGACAGUCACCCAGUAUGGAGCAGGCAAAGCAGCUGCGCAAGAGUCCCCAAUUCCAACAGAGACUUCAGCAGAAAAAGAGUCCCCAAUUCCCAAAGGGACUCAAACAACGCGAAAGCGUGCACCGACCCUCUCCAAGAUUUCGCAAGAUGCCUCCUCUCCCACCGCCGUACGAGAAUCUACAUCCUACAAAAAACCGCGCCUCGAAUCACGCCUCGAAUCACGCCCCACAACACCCAGCCGCACACCCGUGGGAACCCCGCGCAAACAUAACACUCGCUCAUCCUCCAAAGGCAGCAGUGACCCUCUCUUCACUCCCCAAAACUCACACUCUAAACUCCCAACUGGAACCCCCAACCUCCUAGAUUUCACUACUCAAUUGCCCAGCACCUCCGCAAAACCAUCCAACCAGACCCCCUCGCGUUCCGCAUCACCUAACAAGACCGUGUCGUUAAAGAAGCAACCACUUCCGCCAAGCACGCCAGCAGAAAACCGCUUCUUCAGUCUCCUCGACUUUGAUUCAGGCCCUCUUGCAACUCCCCGCAGCAUACCGUCAGUAACACCCCGCGAAGUCGAGACACUACAAGCCACCUUCAAUGCCCAAAUUGCACAACUAAAGGCUGAGAUAUCCGGGCGUGAGACCGAGGUCACAGGCCUCCGCUCCUCAAUUGCAGAAAGCGAGUCUACCCGCGCUGAGCUGACAAAUAAUUUGAAAGAAGUCGAGGCCCGCAUUGAGAAAGAACGCGAAAAUUGGCGUAGCGUCAAGAAGGAGCUCGGCGAACUUUUUGAGGCCGAAAAAACGGAGAAGGAGACAUUGAAAUUGGACGCUGAGAAGCGCGAGAUUGAAGUAACGAAAUUACGGGAGCAGUUAGAAAAGAUGGCAAGGGAACUCGCAGAUGCCAAACUGCGCAUUAGUGAUGCUGAGGAAGAAGCUGCAGCUGCAAAGGAUGAAGCAUCAAAAGCUAGGAAGGAGGCCGACGAAGCUAUAGCUGCAUCUUCUGCGGAAGGGAAAGUGCUCAGCGCUCCCGUUGUUACUACUGGCAACGUACAGGCUGAGGUCGAAAAGGUCGCUCGAGAGCUUCAUACGCUCUACAAAGCUAAACAUGAAACUAAAGUCGCGGCACUAAAGAAGUCUUACGAGUCCCGCUGGGAGAAGAAGGUUACUCAGCUCACAACUGAUCUUGAGGCCGAGAAACGCAAAAAUGAAGAAUUUGCAGCUGGGAUCGUAGAAAAAGGCGCCGAUGAUAUGACUAAUGAAUUUAAAUUCUCUGACGCUGCCGAGAAGGAACUUAGGGAUGAGCUUGUGAAGUUGAAAAGGGAGCUUAAUAUAGCGAUGAACGACCUGGAUAUGGAGCGAAGAGAGAAGGGCGAAUUGGUCGGCGCUGUAGAAGAACUACUCGCCAUUCAGACGGGAAUCAACAUUAAUGAGGAUCAGGCAGCUGCCGAAACAGAAGUAGUGAAGAAGAAGGUCGCAAGGGUGAGUGGUGCAGGAUUACCAUCAGCAGCUCUACCUCCUCCUCCGCCAGCAGCAGCAGUAGCUCGGCCCAACGGUGCGGCUACAGGAUUCGGGCUUAAAAGCGGGAUUGCAAGAAUGGGCGGUGGGGGAGGGAUCAAAAGGAGUGCCGAUGAACAGAGCUAG